AUGGACACGCGGAGGCCUUUCCUCGAGCCGACCAUGUUUAACUUCGUCAGUGAUGUGAACUGCGACGUGUCUCCUCCUUCCGUCUUCAGAGAUGCGGAAGGCCUGGACUCAUCACUUACUUACCAUGUUCAAUAUCACGGAGCACAUGAAGACCUUACUUCCGCCGUUAACGGGUUUGACUGCACAGGUGCGCGCGCAGGUGAGAGCGGCGUCCGGAAGGCGGCGAAGCGGAAGCGCGUGAUCACGAACGUGCAGCGGCGAGCCGCCAACAUCCGCGAGCGCAGAAGGAUGUUCAGCCUGAACGAGGCUUUCGAUGAACUCCGGAGGAAAGUGCCGACCUUCGCCUACGAGAAAAGGCUGUCGAGGAUCGAAACGCUGCGCCUUGCCAUCGUGUACAUCUCCUUCAUGACGGAAUUACUGGAAAAAUGA